AUGGCCGGCAACGAAAACCCUGGUAACUUUGCCAACCGUCCCAAGGAGGAGUAUGUCGAACAAAGGAUACGUGUUCCCAAAUCGGCACUGACGACAGGAAAGGGUCCAGAACACUGCCUCCAAGGGUGGCCAGGCAUCUCACAAUGGCGGCUUUGCAUCGAUGGACGCCGACAAGCAACGCAAUCUCGCAUCUCAGGGAGUAAAGGUUUCGUCCGGUAG